UGACCUGGCAACAAAAUAACGUAGCUAGAGAAAUCUGUCAGGGAGGGGGCUGAAGAACAAAACAAUGACACGGCUCGGAAGGGUCCAGGCACAGUAACACUUUUUAAAGACUUUCUCCGCGCUAGCGCUCCCGGUUUGAAGGGAAACAGUUGUCGGAUUUCGGAGCUUUUGACACCGUCUCGGUUCUUGUUUUUGUUGAUAUGUUCCGGCUGAGUUGACAGACUGGAGGCUAGCUGCUGGUCUGGACGGGGCUGAACUGUUGGUGUGAGCUGGCUCGCUAAUUUAAGCUUCUCUUUGCGGGGAAAAGUUGAAGCCUUCCGUCUAAACUAGUGAGCUUUUAGCCGAGUUUUUCAUGUUUUGGGUUGCCAAAUGAUCUCCAGGAGCCUCCAGCUAGCUGUGAAGGGUCAGUCUGCUAAGCUAGCCUGUUGUUAGCAUCAACAUUUGCACAUUCAUUUUUCACAGCUCAUUGUCUCGCUUUGUGCCGCGUACUUGUACAUAUUUAUCUGUCGUUUGGCAAUUUUAUCGUCAGUAUUUAAUAUAUUUAUGUAACAGCCCAGCUAAAUGCCAACUUUAAUGCCUGAAAAAGUUGACUGUUGGUGUUAAAGGGUAUCAAGGAGGCGGCUGUCUCUCCCUCACCUAUAAUUGCACUAAAUGACACUAUUUAAAGCCAUUUGAGGCCGAAUCUGAGUGUCAGACUGUUGUUUGUCGCUACUCAGACGUCCACACCCAGUGUAUCAGUGUUACCAUGCAGCUGUCUUAAGAGAUCACUUCUUUUAUCCAGUGUUAAUUUAUGUUGUACAUUGUUUAUUGACUGCUGCUGUUCUCCAGAGGCACUGCUUUAUAUCCAAGAUCACCUUGAAAGAAACGAUGAGUGGCCAUGGCUCAUCUUCAGAAAAGGGAGUCAAUACCAGUCUAAUAUGUCAAGAGAGUUAUUCCUGUGGUGGCUCUGAGGAGGCUGCCUUUGAAUGUAAUGAGUGCAGGAGCCUGCAGUGUGUCCGCUGUGAUCUGGAGCUCCACAGCCAAGAGCGCCUCAAGAGCCACGAGAGGGUCCAGAUAGGCCCCGGGCACGUGCCCUACUGCGAUAACUGUAAAGGAGGCAACGGGGACGGCAGCAAGCGCCACAGGUCCGUGGUCCGCUGCCAGAACUGCAAAGUCAACUUGUGCCAAGACUGUCAGAAACGCACCCACAGUGGGGGCAACAAGAAGAAGCACCAGCUCACGUCUUACCCCCCACCGCCCAAACCUGCAGAGGCCAGCCCGGUCCAGGUGCCUCUCCAGGUCCCCGCCCAGGUUCCCGUCCAGCCUGCUGCCGCCGUAGCUGAGGAGAUCAAUGCACAGAGAGCAAAACUUCUGGAUAAAAUAUCCAGUUUCCUCUUGGUGGAUGAGAAUGAAGAGAUGCAGAUCAAAGAUGAAGCCUUAUUCGUGAAGCGCCUCGGCUGCAGCCCCGACCAGCUCCUGAAGGUGGUCUCCAUCUUUGGCAACACCGGCGAGGGGAAGUCCCACACCCUCAACCACACCUUCUUCAUGGGCCGGGAGGUGUUCAAGACGUCUCCGGCUCAGGAGUCGUGCACGGUGGGCGUGUGGGCGGCGCUGGACCCCGUCCACAAAGUGGUGGUCAUCGACACGGAGGGGCUGCUCGGGAACAGCUCCAAGCAGGGCCAGAGGACCCGCCUCCUCCUCAAGGUGCUCGCCAUCUCCGACCUCAUCAUCUACCGCACCCACGCCGACCGUCUCCACGACGACCUCUUCAAGUUCCUGGGCGACGCCUCGGACGCCUACUUGAAGCAUUUCACCAAGGAGCUGAAGGCCACGACGGCGCGCUGCGGCCUGGACGUCCCGCUCUCCACCCUGGGCCCCGCGGUGGUCAUCUUCCACGAAACGGUCCACACCACGCUGCUGGGCUCAGAUAAAUCCUCCGAGUCCGUGGACCGGCUGCUGCUGGAGCGCUUCAGGAAGCUGUCCCGCUUCCCCGAGGCCUUCAGCUCCGUCCAGUACUGGGGCACGCAGACGCUCAACCCCCCCACCGACUUCUGCGGGCUGCAGAAGAAGCUGGAGCUGCUGCUGGACAACAACGCCACCCGCUCCCCGCGCACGCCCGUGGUCAUCUUUAAAGCCCUGCAGGCGCUGAGCGAGCGCUUCAACGGGGAAAUCACAGGUGAGCUGGUGGCUCACAGCUGCUUCUUUCCGGAUGAGUACUUCACCUGCUCCAGCCUGUGCCUCAGCUGUGGAUCGGGCUGCAAGAACAGCAUGAACCACUUAGGAGAGGGAGCGUGCCACGAGGCCAAGCACCGCUGCCGUUACUCCGCGCAGUACGAUAACCGCAUUUACACCUGCAAGGCCUGCUAUGAAGGAGGAAAGGAAGUGGUCGUGGUACCGAAGACCUCCGCCUCCUCCGACUCCCCCUGGAUGGGCCUCGCCAAAUACGCCUGGUCUGGGUACGUCAUCGAAUGUCCCAACUGCGGGGUGAUCUACCGGAGCCGUCAGUACUGGUACGGCAACCAGGACCCUGUGGACACGGUGGUGCGCACGGAGAUCCAGCACGUCUGGCCAGGAUCGGACGGCUUUCUGAAGGACAACAGCAAUGCGGCGCAGCGGCUGCUGGACGGAGUCAACCUGGUGGCCCAGUCUGUGUCGGAGCUCAGCGUCAAGCCUGCCAAGGCCGUCACCUCCUGGCUGACGGAUCAGAUCGCUCCGGCCUACUGGAAACCCAACUCCCUCAUCUUGGUGUGCCAUAAGUGUCACGCAGUCUUCCAGGAUAACGACACCAAGCAUCACUGCCGUGCCUGCGGGGAGGGCUUCUGCGACGGCUGCUCCUCCAAGGCGGCGCCCGUCCCCGAGCGGGGCUGGGGUCUCGCCCCCGUCAGAGUGUGUGACGUCUGCUACGAGCAGAGGGCUUCGUACGCAGAAAUCCUGGAGGCGGAGCUGGAGGAGGAGGAAGGCGGGACUCUGGCGAGGAAGGUGGGAGAAGCAGUCACCAACACGUUUGGAGUGGUGGUCACUGCUAUUGACAUACCGCUCGGCCUGGUGAAAGACGCGGCCCGUCCCGCCUACUGGGUGCCUGACCAGGACAUCCUGUCCUGCCACAACUGCCAACGCGAGUUCACUGCCAAGCUGUCCAAGCACCACUGCCGCGCCUGCGGCCAGGGGGUGUGCGACGACUGCUCCCCCGAGCGCCGCCCGGUGCCGUCGCGCGGCUGGGACCACCCCGUGCGCGUCUGCGCCGGCUGCAACCAGAAGGCCGGGGAGCUUUAACCGGGGGUGGGGGAGGGACUUCCUUCCCUGGGAGCGCCAGAGAGAACCGCCGGCCCGCCCGGCUCGCCAAAGCAUACCUCCGCUACCCCGAUGGUUCUGUCUCGUGUCUGUUAGAAAGACGUAGGACGCUGCGCAGAUGUGGGACGAUGGAGUUCCUGUGGCCUUUGUAGAGCAGCCAGAACACGUUGAGUUACUUGACUCGAGUGUGAAAACCUGCGUUUCCACUCGACUGAAUAUUCAGAUUCUUACGAACACAAGAAUCCCCAACUUUGCGUUAAAUGAUGCUGUGGAGCUAUUUUUCUACAAUCACAUAAUAAUGAUAUUAAAAAAAAUAAAUAAAAGGUGUAUCAUUCAAAGAAUAAUAGAUGGUGGAGAAUGCUGGCGGGUUGGUGUGAUUCGUUUCCAGCACUACUCCUUGAGUUUCUCAGAUGUCAUACGUGUAAUGGCAGAGAGAUGUUUUCUAUCCGUGCAGGCGUUCCUGCAGGUUCCAUUGCAUGCAUGUAUUGCAGCGUUUUUUUAGUUUUUUGCACUAAGCCUUUUUUCAGCUGUUAUAGGCUGUUUGCUUACCGUGGCCAAAACCCAGAUAUCCACGAGGGGGGGAGGUUUGAAAUCCACUACAGUGUAUGGUCGAUGGAUAUCUGGUGUGCCAAAAGGAAAAAAAAAAAACAAACAAAAACAAAAAAAAACAACAACAACAGAAAAAGAAUCAUUCAGGUCACUGUGUCCGUGCUGGUAUGAUGUUUAUAUUUUAUCUCGUACUUUGUGGUUGUAUGAAGACAUAGAACUAUGUUAGAGAAGUGUAAAUCUGAAAUGUUGAAGAUUAUUUAUGUAUAAAAGAAGAAAAAAAAAACUUAGCGUUCUGGCUUGCAUGAGUCCGGGAGAUCAUGGCCUUUUACUUGUUCGGAGGACUUCCUCUGAGUGAACCUCACUCUCUCUUUUAUCGAGCGGCAUUCUAGUGUACUCGUGUAUGUAUUUCAUGUUUCUUUAUUUUGAUGGGUCAGCUCAGUAUUUAACAUGUACUACCUGCUUUUUUUUAGUCGCCAUUGUUACAUCUCACAUUCUGUAUUUUCAGCCCGACAGGAAGACAAAGCUCAACAGCGUCGUCAUAUAUGUUCUUUUUUCUUUGACAUUACUGUAUUGAUAUUUAUAUACUUUGUAGUGACGCGACACAGAACCACCGACUGCUCUGUUUUCUCGGCUCGGCAUCGAGCAGAAAUAUUAACACUCAAACGUGUCCAACUACAUUUUUUGUGACUAAGAGCUUUAACUCGUCCUGCAUUAUGACUGGUUACUCCAAACCGUGGAUACAAUACAAAGCACAAGGCGAUGCCUUUUAGACUCUGCUUGUAUUUUAUUGCUUAAAAACAAGA